UUCCCUCAAACUAUGGCUGCUGUUUGUUGUGUAUUGACCUCUAAUGCAUGUAGGGUAGUGCAUUUGCUCUUCUACUUCAUAUCACCCUCAGUUGCUUGAGGUCUAGACCCUAUCACUGGUUAAAGGUAACCGACAUGAAAUACAGAUAAAUAUUUGAUGGCUUGUGGGUUUUUCUGAGAGGCUGCGACCUUGCUUGAAGAGGAUAACAAAGAGGAGAAUAAACUGGGAGAAGCUGUAAGGAUGGUGGUAAAGAUUUGGUUUGUUGGGGGGGAGUGCAUUAACAGAAGAACAUAGAUAUAGCAUAGAUAUUUUAUAUUUUAUUUGCCCUUUCCCCCCUUUUUCAUUUCUAUCUUUCUUAUUUCCCUAGUUCUGUCAUUUAUUACCUCUUCCUCCAGCUUUCUCUUUCCUUCUCUCCUGUUUUGCCUCCUCCCUCAUGAAUCUUUUCCCCCAUCUGUCCCUCAUGCUCCCCCCCCCUCCGUUUUUCUCUUUAUCUCUUUCCCUUCUCGUUCAUCUCUAACUGACUCAUUUGCAUCAGCCUUGCUCUUUCUCAUCUCCAAGUCCUCCGACUCAGAGAAAAGUCAACACGCUUUGCCGAAGCUUCUCAUUUUUCCACCUCCUCCUCCUCUUAUUCUCCACUCUCAUCACUGCAAUCAAGCCCAACGCACCCCUUAUGCUCAGACUUACAACCCCCACCUCCCCUCGUUCUGAGUGUGCUUUCUCUCUUUCUCUCUCUCUCGAUUGAGGGGCAGAGAGUGGGGGGAGUUUAGACAAACCAGCUGAGAAUUGCCCCCUCUAAAGGCAGCCUCUACGUCAGACAGGGACGCUGUUCACAUCAGCGGAUACACACUCAGACACAAAGACACCUGGCUCUGGCUUAUUUGCAUCCUCCAGCUUUCUCUCUCGCUGCCUUUCUCCCCGUCUUGUUGCCAGACUGGAGAGUAAACACGCCCACGCACAAAAAGGCAGCUGAAUCCCGCUCUGAAUCCUGAUUUUUAUGUUGUUGUUGAUGCCACACCCUGGGCUUUUUGGGGUGGCCGGGAUGUUUUCGUGAGCUCAUGCCACAGGUAAUCUUGAACACUUGAAGAUGAAGAAAAUCUGGUCCAAGAAGAGAUUUCAGAGAACUGGGCAUUCCACACGGACAUUUGGCAGAUUUACCCAUGUUUUCCGCUCCUGCCGAAAGCAAAGCUAUGACUCUGAGACCACAGAGGAUGAGACCACAGAACCUCAGAUGGAAACCAAAGAAGGGCCCGGGAGGCACCAUGACAAGGCUGGCCGUAAAGGACCUUCAGGUGAGGGAGGAAGGGUGAUGGACUACAACCCCGAUGCUUCAGAUCGCAGGGCCACCCUCCCUGGCACAUAUGACCCUGUAGUGGAGCGAGAGCUCCGCACUCUGGGUUCCCGACCUCCAGGGCCCCAUUUGGAUCCCACAAACCCAGCAAGGCAAGGGCUCGGUGGGGGUCCCUCCGAGGGGGCCCCCCCUGUCCGUCACCUGGGUGUGGAACCACUUGUCCGAGCGUCUCACGCUAACCUUGCCCGGCCCAUUCAGGGGUCAGAGGAAAGUGUUUCCGUAGGCAGCGACUACUAUGGGAGCAUGUUCAGCCUGUACAGAGGGAGAACAUUUUCUAUGCCGUUAUAGCACAUGGCUUUUUAAUUCCCAGGAUUCCC